AUUGAUGUUCAAAAUAUUUAGGCUGAUUGAAACACUUGGUCGAUUCUUGAAAAAACACCCAACAGGAACAGGUAGACGUAUAGCUAUAUCUCCAUUCUUUAAAAAUAUUUUGACAGAAGAUGAAGAAGAAAAUUUCAAAAGACAAGAAAUAUUUUAUGAUCCACAUACGUAAUUUAUAAAUAUAUUAGAGUUAUUAUUUGAGGCAAUAGAAAAUUUAGUCUUAUUAAAACGAACUAAAGUAGAAAAAUCAGAAUGGAUAUAAUUAAAAUGGAUUAUCAGAAUUAGGUAAAUAUUAUUUCAACUCUAUAGUUAUUACAUAAAAAAUGCCAGAAAGAAGUUUAUUAUUACACACAGGGGAUUAUUAAAUUGGUAAAUAAGAAAGCUUUCUUCAUUCAAUUCAGUUAGGUAGAAAAGGAGCUGAAAAUCAUUUUUUUAGUUUAGAUGAUAUUGAAUCAGUUUAUAGCUCUAAUGAUUAGGAUAUACAUUUUGAUAUGUAAUUGUUUAAAAUAUUUUUAGAGAAGACAGCUUAAUUUACCAGCAUUGA